AUGAAGGAUCAAAGUGAAAUUCCUGAAUCAGGGCCUUUUGUCAUCCCUGAUUUGCCAGAUAGAAUUGAGGUAACUAAAUACAAAAUACGAGCAGCUGAAACAAGAGCCUAUGUGGUUGUAAUCAAUACUUUCGAGGAGUUUGAAAAAAGGUACGUUGAUGAAUUCCAAAAACUUAAAGAUGGAAGAGUUUGGUGUAUUGGACCUUUGUGUCUCUGUAACAAUGACAAUCUAGAUAAAGCUCAGAGAGGGAAUAAGACGUCAUUUGACAAGGAGGACAGUUUAAAUAAAUGGCUUGAUUCUUGGCAGCCUGAGUCUGUUGUGUAUGCAUGUCUUGGGAGUCUCGGUCGUAUUACAAUUGUACAAUUUGUGGAGCUAGCUUUAGGCCUGGAAGAAUCAGGUUGUCCAUUCAUUUUAGUCAUAAAAGCAGGGGAAGGACAAGCACCAAUAGAGGACUGGAUAUCGAAAAAUAGAUUUGAGACAAGAACAAAAGAAAGAGGGCAUUUGAUCUGUGGCUGGGCACCACAAGUAUUGAUCCUAUCACACCCUGCAAUUGGAGGGUUCUUGACUCAUUGUGGUUGGAAUUCGACCCUUGAGGGGAUCGCUGCUAGUGUGCCUAUGAUCACUUGGCCUUUAUUUUCCGAGCAGUUUCUGAACGAGAGAUUCUUAGUACAUGUCUUAAAAAUAGGACUGAGUGUUGGAUCUCAAGGAGUUAUGCAUUUGGGAGAGGAAAAGAAGCCUGAAGUCCAAGUGAACAAAGAAGAAGUGACUAAAACCAUUAAAAAGGUGAUGGACAAAGAGAAAGAAGGAAAUGAUAGGAGAAAAAGAGCGAAAGAAGUUGGACGAAUUGCAAAAAAUGCAAUAGAAAAUGAUGGAUCUUCUCAUCUUAGUUUAACACUUUUAAUCAAAGAAAUACAAGAAUUCCAACUCAACAAAUCUUAAAAUGAAAAUGCACAAGUAGUAUGGAAUGUACUUCUUUGAGAAUUAUAAAGUGUUAUCAGAUAGGGUUUAAUGUAGUAAUUUAACA